AGUCAAUCCAUUAGAAAAGUUACAAUUGACGAUACUUCGCGUUACUAUGCAACAAUAUGAGCAAUAUCACUAUGACAAGGAUAUGUUGCGAAAAUUGGCAAAUAAAUUGGGUAAAAUUGAAAUUGAAUCACAAUGUGAUUUAGAGCAAGUACGCAAUAUGCUUAAUGCCAAAUUUGAAGAGUCUAUAACGUAUCCAAAAGUAUCACAAGAUUGGUGUUUCAUUGAUUCUUGCACUGCAGAACAUUAUUUCCGCAUUGAUCGUGCCCAGGAACAUUUGCAUUAUAUAUGCGAUAUAGCUAUCGAUGAAUUAUAUAUACUCGAUCAUGAGGCUGCCACAAUGCCACAAACUCCGGAUCAGGAACGUUCAUUUUCAGCAUUUUCACAGAGACAAGCACAAAAUGAACGUCGUAACAUUGACCAGACAGGCAGAUCUGGCAGCACUGACGAAGACUUACAAAUUGGAAAACCAGUUAGAGUUUUGAAGUUCAAGAGCACUAAAGAAAGAAUGUUCAGUUUUAAUGAAGAAGUAUUCGGUUAUGGAUUCAGCCCAAUUCUGGAACAAACUUCCGAUGCCGUAUUAUUAGCGGCACAAAGUGGCGAUUUGAUUAUGUUACGUGCACUACAUGAACAAGGAUACUCAUUACAAACAGUAAACUCAAAAGGACAAUCAGGUUUACACUUCGCUUGCAAAUAUAAUCAUAAGGAUAUUGUCAGAUAUAUAACAUCUCAUACAUCACGUCGCUUAAUAAAUUUAGCAGAAAAAGAAAAAGGACAGACGGCUUUACACAUCGCAGCUGAGCAAAAUCUGCGAGAUAUUUGCGUGAUGCUGGUAGCUGCGGGUGCCAAUUUAGAGCUCAGAGAUUUGUUCGGCAACACACCGAUGAUGGUGGCUUUCAAUAAGAAUGCCACAGAAAUUGCGGCAUACUUGGAAAGUCAAGAAAGGUUCUUGCAUAUUGACGUGCAGGCAAGAAUAUAAAAAAAAUUAAUUAAUUUUAAUUAAUAAAUUUGAAUUUGAUAC